AUGCCACUUGCAGUUGGAGACAAGUUCCCAGAGGGUGUGACCUUUGGAUGGGUUCCGUAUGUGGAGGAGAAGAGUGAUAUCACUGCUUGUGGUAUUCCUCAAAGAUACAAUGCUAGCAAAGAAUGGGCCGACAAGAAAGUUGUUCUCUUCUCCGUCCCCGGCGCUUUCACCCCAGGCUGCUCCGCAAAGCAUCUGCCAGGCUAUAUCAACAACCUCAGCAAGCUGAAGGAAAAGGGAGUCGACGUUGUAGCUGUCAUUGCAUUCAACGAUUCCUGGGUCAUGAGCGCGUGGGGAAAGGCCAAUGGUAUCAAGGGCGACGAUAUUCUUUUCCUCUCCGACGAUGCGAAAUUCACUGCUGAGAAGGUUGGAUGGAUGAAGGGCGAGCGCACUGGACGAUACGCGAUGGUUAUUGAUAAAGGAGUUGUGACAUAUGCUGAGAACGAGCCUGGAUCUGAGGUCACAGUAUCCAGCGCGGAGGCGGUCCUCGCAAAGCUAUGA